AUUCAUGAUAAUGAUGAUGAUAAACCUACUGAUUAUCUCGUUAUUCUUCUUCUUAUGUUUCAAUUGUGAAUUACAUAAUCAAUCAUUACAUCAUCAUAAUAACAGUAUAGAUUAUCAUCUAUUAUGGACAAUAUGGAAAUUACGUUAUCAUCAAUAUUAUAGAAAUCAAAUUGAUGAAAUCAAUUCUUUUAUAGUAUGGAAAAUCAAUAUUGAUCAAAUUUUAUUACAUAAUUUAUAUUAUGAUUUACAAUUAAAAACUUAUCGUAAAUCAAUAAAUCAAUAUACAGUAAUCAAUUGGGAUGAUUUUUAUCAAAAUAAAAAAAAUCAAUUAAACUUAUUACAUCAUCAAAAGAAUCGAUUAUUAUUAGUUAAGGAGAAAUAUAGAAGUUACAAUGUAACAAAUAGUAAUAAUAAUCAUCAUCAUUUACCAGAUAUUAUUGAUUGGAGGGAUAAUGAUACUGUGACACCAGUAAAAACACAAGAGGAUUGUGCAUCUUCAUGGGCAAUUGCCUCAGUUGAAGCACUUGAAGGGCAAGUUAAAAGAAAAACAGGAAUUCUUACUCCAUUAUCAUCACAGCAACUGAUAGAUUGUACUGGAGAUCAUGAAUGUGUAGAGAAUCCAGUAACUGUAGCAUUUGAUUUUAUAAAACAGUAUGGUGUAGAAUCUCAAGAAGAUUAUCCUUUUACUGGUAAAGUUGGAAAUUGUACAUAUAGUUCAUCAAAGAGUGUGACAACUUUAUCCUCUUAUAUACAAGUGGAUGAUAAUGAGGAGGAACUUCAAAAAGCUGUGUAUGAUAUUGGCCCUAUAGCAGUAAGAAUUACUAUGACUCAGGAAUUUCUCACUUACGGUUUCCAACUAUUGACCAAUCCAUUGGGAUCGUGGAUGCGCACUGUUGAGGAGUCUCAUACUAAGACGAAACAGCUGUCCAGUGCUCCCAGGUUUGCUAUAGGGAUUGUCUAUUUGAAAAGUUUUAAAUUCUUAAAUAUUUUAGUCAAUAAAAUAUUUUUGUGGCUAUUACAGAAUAUCUGAUUGUUUAUUUGAACAUGUACGGUCAUCCAUCGAAAUUAAUUUAGAAGGAGUUUGUUAACUGCUUGUAUCCAAAUUAGUACCUUUAUUAGCUGAAUUAUUAAUUUCUAACAACUGUCCUUAAAUAAUUUUAAAAGCAAACCUCAGAAAAAUUAAGAAUGUUCAUAUAAAUAUUCUAUUGAUAGUGCAACUGUUUACAAGUCAGGAGUGACUAUGGGCUUGCUGAUCUACUUCGUGAGGUAUUCUCCAUCCCUAAUCCAAACUUCUUCGGUAACAAUCAGCGCAAUCAUUAUUUUUGGGUCAUUUUAUUAAUAAACGUCCCGACUUUAUAUGUUCUACCACCAACUAUUAGUCAUUCAUUUCGUAGAAUUCCAAUCAAUUCUGAUUCGUUUCUCAGCUUUCUUGGAUGAAAUGCUUUUUCU